GCCCGGAGGAUGGCGGACACCGGCUUGUGCCGCGUGGUUCCUAGCGACCUGUAUCCUCUGGUGCUCGGCUUCCUCCGCGAUAACCAGCUGUCGGAGGUGGCCAACAAAUUCGCUAAGGCAACGGGCGCUACCCAGCAGGAUGCCAACGCCUCCUCCCUCAUGGACAUUUAUAGUUUUUGGCUCAGUAGAUCUCCGAAGGCCCCAAAGCGGAAGUCACAGACAAAUGGACCAUUGACAAAGAAGGCUAAGAAGACCUCAUCUAGUGACAGCAGUGAGGACAGCAGUGAGGAGGAGGAGGAAGCCCAGUGUCCUCCAGCAAAGAAAGCUGCUGUACCUGCCAAGCGGGCUGUUGUUCCGCAGCAUCCUGGAAAGGCUGCAGCCAAAGAAUCAGAGAGCAGCAGCAGUGAAGAAUCCAGUGACGAAGAGGAGGAAGAUAGCAAGAGAAAACCCGUUCAGAAGGUAGUUAAACCCCAAGCGAAGGCAGUCAAAGCUGCUCCUAAAAAGGAGGAAAGUUCUGAUUCGGAUUCUGACUCAAGUUCAGAGGACGAGGCACCAAAGCACCAGAAGCCAAAGACAACUCCUGUGGUUACAAAACCCCAGACUAAGGCCCCAGUCAAACAAGGUACCCCAGUGCGGGCAGCACCAAAAGUAGUUAAUGGCAAAGCAGCUGCUGGCAGCAGCAGUAGCAGCAGUAGCAGUAGCAGCACUGAUGACUCAGAGGAGGAGCCAGCAGCAAUGGUCCCCAAAAAGACUGCACCGAAAAAGCAAGUUGUGUCCACGGCCCCCGUGAAAGCAGCUGCUACUCCAGCCCAGGAGAGUUCCAGCAGUGAGGACUCCUCCAUUGAGGAAGAGGAAGAGCAGAAGAAACCUGUGAAGAAAAAGCCAGGUCCCUAUAGUUCAGUUCCACCACCUGCUGCUCAACUACCCAAAAAGUCUUUGGGAGCCCCAGUUCCCAAGAAAGUGGCAGAGAAGAAGCAGCCUGCUGAGAGCAGUGAGGACAGCAGCGAGGAGUCUGAUUCAAGUUCUGAGGAAGAGAAGAAGCCCCCAGCUAAGGCAGUCACCCCAAAAGUGGCCGCUAAAGCAGCUCCAGCAAAGACGACAGAACAGAGCUCUUCCGAAAGCUCAGAUGAUAGUUCUGAGGAUGAAGCUCCUGCCAAGCCAGUCACUGCCACCAAGAGUCCCUCCAAUAAGCCAGCUGCUGCCCCCAAACAGCCUGCAGCGAAACCAGCGCCUGCUCCUAAGCAGCAGUUGACCAGAAAGGCCGAUAGUAGCUCCAGUGAGGAGGAGAGCAGUUCCAGCGAGGAAGAGGAAGCUACUAAGGCUGUGACCACCCCGAAGGCCAAGGCACCAGCUAAAGCUGCCUCCUCUUUGCCUGCAAAGCAGGCCCCUUCAGGAGCUGGAGCCAGCAGCUCUGAGUCUGACAGCUCAAGCAGUGAGGAGGAGGAGGAGGAGGAGGAGGAGGAGGAGGAGGAGGAGGAGGAGGAGGAGGAGGAGGAAAAAGAAGAGAAACCGAAGCUGUCCAAAGUCCCAGUAUAAAAGAAGUCACCCAAGGCAACGGGAGCUGUGCCUGCCCCCAAGCCAGCCUCAAAAAAUGUGAAGGCUGAGAGCGAAAGCAGCUCCUCUAAUGACUCCAGUGAUGAUGAGGAGGAGGAGGUGGAGAAGCCUAAGGGCAAGGGCACCCCAAAACCGCAGACCCCCAAGACCAACGGCACCUCAACUCCUGCACAGAAUGGAAAUGCAGACUCAGAUAGCGAGGAGGAGGAAGAGGAGGGUGGCAAGAAAAAGGUUGGAGCAGCUGUUUCUAAGCCAGGUUCAGGAAAGAAGCGGAAGCAGAAUGAGGCUGCCAAGGCGACAGAGACGCUUCAAGCCAAGAAGAUAAAGCUCCAGACCCCCAACACAUUUCCAAAAAGGAAGAAAGGAGAAAAGAGGGCCUCAUCCCCAUUCCGAAGGGUCAGGGAAGAGGAAAUUGAAGUGGAUGCUCGAGUGGCUGACAACUCAUUUGAUGCCAAGCGAGGUGCAGCUGGAGACUGGGGGGAGCGAGUCAAUGAGGUUCUGAAGUUUACCAAAGGCAAAUCCUUCCGACAUGAGAAAACCAAGAAGAAACGGGGCAGUUACCGUGGUGGUUCCAUCUCCAUCCAGGUCAAUUCAAUUAAGUUUGACAGCGAGUGACCUGAGUCUUCUGCCCCCCUCCUCCUGGACCUAGAAAUCCUCGGCUCCAUCAUGAAGGCUAUUAGGGUUCAGAAUUGGCCCGAAGACUCCAUCACACCACAACAUUCUCUCUGGCCCUUUUCUGUCUUGAUAGCUGUGUACAGAUUUAAUUUGAGUGGUUGAGUAACAAAGGCCUAGGUGGAGCACUGUGUACGUGUUAUUUUUUAAGAAAAUUUGUUGGUGGUCUCCUCCCCCUGACCCGUGGUAGUCCUCAUAUUGAGAAAAUUUGUAUAUUUUAUAUUAAAUUGUUUACUAUUGAAAUAAAUAAAUAAA